AUCAAGCAAUUUGAAAGGCGCAUAGAUUGGCUUAUGACCGGUAGCCGUCGUCUCUUUGGCACCCUUAUAGAAAAGAGACUUCUCUUUUUGCUCGACCUAUCUGCUGGAAAUGCACCCUACUUCAUGCAUAUUCAGCAAGCUCUGCGCAGCCUUUUCGAAGAGCAGAUUAUCCAGUCUGACGCUUUUAAUUUAAUCACAUUUGGCGGUUGCAAAAUUCGUUCAUUCCGGCCUCAUUUAGUAGAGACGAAUGCAGCAAACCUUCAGAAGGCCUGGCUUUGGAUACGAAAGCGACGUUGUGGAGGAACCCGUAAUCUGCUUGGGGCUUUAAGGUUUGAUAUAUCGUCAUAA